CAUUUUUUAAUAAUUUGAACGUUUGCUAGGGACCUUUCACCGGGGGCCCCACCUAAUCACAACUAUAAAAACCUCCCAGCGCGUUCUCAAGAGCAUCAGUUCUUUGGUGUAUCUCCGGUGAACAAUCAGGUGCAACAAGAUGAAUGGCAUCGUAUUGACCACUUUGUGCGCCCUCUUCUGUGGUGCUUAUGCUGGUUUCGCAUCAAGCGAUGCUGGAGGCUAUGGUACCUCCGGGGGUGGUGGUAGCGGCGGUGGUGGCGAUCACCAAAUUGCCGCGUCAAUUGAAUUGAGCGGAGGAGGUAACGACGGAGGUUAUGGGGGUCACGACGGAGGUUACGGCGGAGGUUACGGCGGAGGCUAUGGAGGCGGUCAAGAUUACAGCGCUGGGGCCGAACACCACCACGUGCCCACUAAAACUAUCGAAUACACUAAACCCGUGCACGUGCCCGUUUUGAAGAAGAUUCAAAUUCCAGUACCGCAUCCCGUAGGGAUCCCGGUGCCGCAGGUCAUCAAGGUGCCCGUUCCCCAACCUUACGCCGUCCACGUGAAUGUACCUCAACCCGUGCCAAUCCCAAUUUACAAGUUGGUCCCCCAGGAAAUCGAAAAGAAAAUACCAAUUACAGUGGAAAAACCGGUACCACACUACAUCGAGAAACCUUACAAGGUCGAAGUUGAGAAACACUACCCCGUCCACGUUGCCAAACCCUACCCAGUUCAUGUACCAGUCUACAAGCACGUCUACCACCACGUACCAAAGAAGGGAUGGGAAUAAGCUGGCUGUAGAUGAUCCAGAUCAAACCCUCUUUUUCUCGUACUGAUCUUGUCAACUUUGUUUUGUUUUAUUAUUAUUUUUUUAUAUAUUAUUUGUUGCUUGUUAUUCUAUGAGUGAUGAUG